CACAGGUUUGUUUGUUGGUUUCUCACCUGGCUUUGCGGUGGGCUUUGUGCCAGGCACUAAGGACUCAGUAUUGGCAAGACAGAGCUACAGCCUUCACAGUCUGGCUGCCCCCACCCUGAAAACUGACUGAAUUCCCAUCCUUACUGCUUCCUUCCAGCCAGUUCUCAGCAGAGGGACUGGCAUGAGCAAAUGUCCACAGGUGGGGAAGGCCAGGACAGGUGGGGUGCUGCUGGACAGGGGAAAGUGGGGCUGGGGGCCCAGGCGUAAAUUUAGUGAGUCAAGCCCCGGCGGGGGAAGCUAAGAGCUGGGGAGGCCUAUGGGUCCAGCAGGGCUUAUGGCCAUAUCUGGCGGGAAACGGGAGCUAGAGGGGCACUGGGAGACAGUGAAUGGCCCCAACUUUAAAUAAACCCAAUAAGCAGAAACCAGAUUUGCCUUGGUGUAACAAACCUGGGCUCCUGCACUGCCCCAAAUCCCUAGGGGCUGCAGAGCCACCCCCACCCCCACCCCCAGGGCCCACUCUCAACGUGGGGGGUGGAGGAUGGGUGGAACCCGGAAGCUGAAGGUGGUACAGAUAAUCUGUUGUUCCGGGACAGACCCCACCCGCCCACCCAACAGGGUAGAUGUGAAGCUACCAGCCUCUGGUAGGAGCCAGUAACCAUUUCCCACUGGCUUAGGGACAGGCUCCACAACUCAGGAUCUGAGGCCCUGGCGAACCCCCUCGUGGUCUCUUGGGUCUGCAACGGAGUUGAGUACUACCAGGCAGCCAGGUUUCCAGGAGGAGUCCAGCCAGAAGGCUCAGGAUCUCUGGAGGGUAGCCUGGAGAGCCCAGGGUUUGGGUCUUCCUAUAGGACGUGGGCAAUCUCCAGAGCCUGGGAACUUUAGGCUUAAUUGAAUGAUUUCCCCCAGCAGUACUCCUGUCCUGUGUGAACCAAUACACAGACGCUAGACCCCCUCAGCUGAGGCAGGCAUGCCUGACAGAUGCCCUUAGGCAGGUCUCAGACACCGGCAGGAACAGCUCAGGAGAAGGACAGGAAGUGAGUCCCUCCUCCGUGCCCCUGGGAGCCCCCGCGUUGGGACUUAUUUUCCCCAUCUGAUGACAGGCCUGCAAAAUGUUCUCUGGAAGAGCCUGGCCGGCUCUGCAUGUCAGGCACACGUGUACACAUAGGCACAGGCACGUGAACGUGUGCACACAUACAGGCAUACAUGUACAUAAGUGCACACGCACACGCACAGGCGGAAACCACGGGCUCGUGCACGAUAGCUCACGCACCGCUCAUGUGUGCGCAUUUUUACAUCCCUACAAAAUACCUAAGUGCACGGUAUUCCACAUCGGCACAUGUGCACAUGAGGGAAAAGGAACAAACGUGUGUCAACACAUGUGCCUGGUGUGCAUGGGGACAUGCGCUCCCAAAGCACAGACACACUGGCACAUGUGCACGUACGAGUGUACCCACGGACAAACAUGUCAUGUCAUUGCUUUGGUUGAUGCCAGCAAAGGAUAGACACACACACACCCAGGCACACAUAGCAGACAUGCUCGCCCCCCCCCCAAGUCUGUUGGAGUCGUGGAGGUAUGUAGAGGCCCUGCCCAGGUCAGAUCUGGCCCCUCGGUACGGGGCAAAUGCAAUGUCCUCCCUUCCUUCUUGACUGUCUGCAGAGCAUGGAACCCUGGUCCAGAGUCACCCAGCCCUUCUCAACCACUUACUUCUGUGUGACCCUCUGAGACUUUCCUUCCUUAUCAGUAAAACGGGGCUGGUGACGUGGGUACCCAUCCACCAGGGCCUGUGCGAGCUUACAAAAUAAGAAGCAGGGCUGAUGCCCCCACCCUAGGGGCUCAGGGUCCUAUUCUCCCCCUUCUAAGCCUGGACCAACGGAACAUGUCUCCCUGCUCCGGCUCAGGGCCUGGACUGUCUCCACGGUCUCUCCUAGAGGGUUGGGGCUCAUAGAGAGGGGUGCGGAGUCAGCAGUUGAGGGAUUGGGGCCACGCCAGCCUGAUUAGAAGGGCUGGGGGCUGAGCUGGAUUCACCUGUCCUUGUCUCUCAUUGGCUCUUGGGAACCCCUGGCCCCCAAAUCCCACUAAGCAGCCCCACCGGACCUGCACAGGUCUGUGGAAAGCAAGUUGAUUGCCAGUGCCCGGGGUCAGAAGGGUGCUGGGAGACCUGAGGCCGGCCCGAGCCCGGCUCUGGGGAUCCCCUCCAUCUAGAAGAACUAACUAACCACCCUGUUCACCUGCUACUGGGAACAUGGGGGCUGGGGCCAGCGCUGAGGAGAAGCACUCAAGGGAGCUGGAAAAGAAGCUAAAAGAAGAUGCUGAAAAGGAUGCUCGAACCGUGAAACUGCUGCUUCUGGGCGCCGGUGAGUCCGGGAAGAGCACCAUUGUCAAGCAGAUGAAGAUCAUCCACCAGGAUGGGUACUCUUUGGAAGAGUGCCUCGAGUUCAUUGCCAUCAUCUACGGCAACACGCUGCAGUCCAUCCUCGCCAUUGUGCGCGCCAUGACCACGCUCAACAUCCAAUAUGGAGACUCUGCCCGCCAGGACGACGCCCGGAAGCUGAUGCACAUGGCGGACACCAUCGAAGAGGGCACGAUGCCCAAGGAGAUGUCGGACAUCAUCCAGCGGCUGUGGAAGGACUCGGGUAUCCAGGCCUGUUUCGAACGCGCGUCUGAGUACCAGCUCAACGACUCCGCGGGCUACUACCUCUCGGACCUGGAGCGCCUGGUCACCCCGGGCUACGUGCCCACGGAGCAGGACGUGCUGCGCUCUCGGGUCAAGACCACAGGCAUCAUUGAGACGCAGUUCUCCUUCAAGGACCUCCACUUCCGGAUGUUCGAUGUGGGCGGGCAGCGCUCGGAGCGCAAGAAGUGGAUCCAUUGCUUCGAGGGUGUGACCUGCAUCAUCUUCAUCGCGGCGCUGAGCGCCUAUGACAUGGUGCUGGUGGAGGACGACGAAGUGAACCGCAUGCACGAGAGCCUGCACCUGUUCAACAGCAUCUGCAACCACCGCUACUUCGCCACCACGUCCAUUGUGCUCUUCCUCAACAAGAAGGACGUUUUCUCCGAAAAGAUCAAAAAGGCGCAUCUCAGCAUCUGCUUCCCUGAUUACGACGGGCCCAACACGUACGAGGACGCGGGCAACUACAUCAAGGUGCAAUUCCUCGAGCUCAACAUGCGACGCGACGUGAAGGAGAUCUAUUCCCAUAUGACUUGCGCUACCGACACCCAGAACGUCAAAUUUGUCUUCGACGCCGUCACAGACAUCAUCAUCAAGGAGAACCUCAAAGACUGCGGCCUCUUUUGAGGUGCUUGAACUCAUGUGUGUCCCCUGACACCCUGUAGCCCUAGCCCACAGGAGCCUAUCAGCCCCCAAGAACUCCUGGGCCCCAGCCUGUGGCCCCACCAGCCAUACACCCAAAACCCUGAGCCCCACUAGCCUUGAGGCGCCAACCUUCCCUGUGUCUCCGAGUCCAGUGCGCCCAACCCCACUGCUGCCCUUCACGGCCUGGCAGCACUGGCCUCCAGGACCCACCCCAGCCAGCCUCAGCUAGGAACAGGCAGGACUUGGGACAGCUAGAGCUCACGGUGACUCAGCAGUGCCCAACUGACCAAUCUCCUUCAGGUCUCUCUCUCCAGGGGGCCCAUGACUCACCUGGUGGGUCUGGGCUCAGCAAACAGCCCUCCCUCCCAGUUUCAUGAAGAGCAGGGGGGCAGGCAGAGAUCCCUCCUCCAAGUGGGCCUACUGCUUACCAUCAGCCCAUUCCAGCCAUACCACCUCCAUGUGACAAGUUUGACACCUGUCACCCAGUGGCCAGUGACUGUCCCUCUCGAUAGCUUCAGGAGUCCAAAGUCCAAACCACUCUGGCCUGUGCAGCUCCCGCAUAGAUGAAUUAGUGAGUGGGGGGCACGCCAGGGAGCCCCUGGGUGUCAGGAAGAGAUUCAAUCUGGACCCUUCCCCACAUAGCAGGCUCAGAGUAACCCCCUGUCCCCUUCCCCCAGAGGCUCUGCCCCCUCCCUCCUUGGCCACCAGAUCCAUGUCCUACCUCACCACCACCCCCACCCACACUGCUCCAGGCCAGCCGGCCAAGGGGAUGGUCUGUUGAGGGAGGGUACUGUUGACACCAGCUCUGGCCAAUGGUCAAACUGUCCUGAGGGGUGGCUGGGGGCAGAGUCCGGCUCCAUCGAUCAGCUCCAGGCAGAGGAUCUGGGACAUGAUUAAGGCCCAGAUUGGGCCCAGAGGGGUCUACCUCAGGUGGGGUCACAAGCAAACCCAGGUAACCGUCUCGUCCCUGCCAGCAACUUCCCACACCUUUCCGUUCAGGGCCCACUGCCCAGCAGGAAAAACUGAGGGCCAUGUCCAAAUUUUGUCAGGGACAGAGACCCAUGUCCCUAUAUCCCUGCUCCCAGUUCCUCAUCAAGGCCUGAGUCCUUGCUGAUGCCUGUAAGCGGGGACCUACACUGCAGUCAAGGACAGGGCCUUCCAACUCUCCAGUCCAGAGCAUGGUCCCCACUCCCCUUGGGUGGAUACACAGACUCAGUAAUAAACCUUUGCAUCAGG